CUCCAAUCUAUAGACACGUUUUGUAAAGCGCUAUGGUUGUGCAGACAUUACUGUUUCAGUGGAUCUCAAAAUAUUAGAGUCUCGCGUUUAUAGUAUUUUUUGUUGUUUUAUUGCUCCUGAUUUUACUUUAUCAAAAUGUCUGAGGACAGCGGCAAAAAGCUCACCAUGGUAACAUGCAGUGCGCCUGUGAAUAUCGCUGUCAUUAAAUACUGGGGGAAGAGGGAUGAGGAGUUGAUUCUACCUAUAAAUUCAUCUUUGAGUGUCACAUUACAUCAAGACCAGCUCAAAACAACCACAACAGUGGCGUGCAGCAGGUUGUUCCAGGAGGAUCGUAUCUGGCUCAACGGCAAAGAGGAGGACAUAACCCAGCCCAGGCUACAGUCCUGCCUUAGGGAGAUUCGGCGCCUGGCCCGUAAGCGACGUAGUGAUGGGGAGGCUGAUGUAGACACGGCCGGUUUGUCCCAUAGAGUCCACAUCUGCUCUGUCAACAACUUCCCAACUGCAGCCGGACUGGCCUCCUCUGCUGCCGGCUAUGCCUGUCUGGUGUACACCCUGUCCCGGGUGAUGGGAGUGGAGGGGGAGUUGUCUGUGGUUUCUAGGCAGGGUUCAGGCAGUGCCUGUAGGAGUAUGUAUGGGGGCUUCGUCCAAUGGAUUAUGGGCCAGCAAGGAGAUGGCAAGGACAGUCUGGCCCAGCAGGUGGAGCCAGAGACUCACUGGCCUGAGCUCAGGGUCCUUGUACUGGUGGUCAGUGCUGAGCGGAAACCAGUUGGCAGCACUUCCGGCAUGCAAACUAGUGUAGAGACGAGCAGUCUCCUGAAGCACCGGGCAGACUCUGUGGUCCCAGCCAGGAUGAAGGAGAUGAUUGAGGCUGUACAUAAGAGGGACUUUACUGCGUUCGCUGAGCUGACCAUGAAGGAUAGCAAUCAGUUCCAUGCCACCUGCCUGGACACCUACCCACCCAUCUUCUACCUCAACGACGUGUCACGCCGUGUUAUCAACCUUGUGCACCGCUAUAACCGUCACUACAGGGAAACAAAGGUGGCAUACACAUUUGAUGCAGGUCCCAAUGCAGUGAUCUACACUCUUCAGCAGAAUGUGGAUGAGUUUGUCCAGGUGGUCAAACACUUCUUCCCACCAGAGACCAACGGAGGACAGUUUCUAAAGGGUCUUCCGGUUGCUCCAACAACACUAUCUAAGGAGCUGAAGCAGGCCAUUGGUAUGGAGCCCAUGGUGAAGGGAAUCAGCUAUAUAAUCAGCACCAAGGCUGGACCUGGACCUCGCGUGGUGGAGGACCCUAGUGAACAUCUGCUUGGAUCUGACGGGCUGCCCAAGGAGAGUGCAUGAUACAAGCCAGCCUCCCAGCUGGGCAGAGACAGAACUCUUUGGUGAAAAGAAAGACCAGACAUAUUAACAAUCAACAAUUCCAAUUCAAUCAAUUGGAUACAAAUGCAAAGACGUAUUCAUUGAAGGGGCAAUCUGCAGUUGCUAUAUCAAUUUUUGGACUUAUAAAUUAAUUAUAUGUAACCAUUGAUUCUUGAAGAAUAUAACUUGUAAAUACCUCAUGAGCUUAGUUAAACUGUCAUACCCCAUCAGAACUCAAAAUAUCAGCUUGUUUUACUACAAUGUUUGUAAACAAAGUAAAUAUAACCAUGUUUUAAAUGUUUGUUUAUAUUUGGUUAUAACUAUAAUUUUGGUAUCAUGCAUGGUCAGUCCUUGUAUCCAUAGUUCUGUCUAUAAUUUUGAGUGGUUACAUUUCUCCUUCCCCAUCCCUCAGCUUUUUUUUACUUUUAGCCUACAUGUCAUCUUCAGAGGUGGCACCACACGUCCCAGAUUGGUGGGGACAUUUUUCUUCUCUCCUGACGGUAACCAGGUAAAACUACAAAAACUCUACAACCUAGUUGUAGCAGGGACCUUAAGGGUAGCCCUGUUGCCUGGGGCAAGUGAACUGAGCAUUCGGGCAAGUUGAGUCUGCUCUAAAGUUGGCCCAGCUAAAAAUGUUUUACUGAAAACAACGAUACCACAAGGAAUUCCAAUAGGCAUAGCCUAAAACUGAUCUUUCAGGUUCAUCCCCCAUUGUUUAAGUCAGGGUUUCCAAACAUGGUCCUGUGCCCCUCUCCCCCAGCACUAUACGGUUGAUUCAAAUAACUAACUCAUCAUCAAGCUUUGAUUAUUUGAAUCCGCUGUGUAGCAGAUUCAAAUCAUUUUCACCCAGUGGGGGCCCCAGUUUGGGAAACCCUGUUUUAAGUGCAAGUUGGACAAUGUAUAUCAGCCGGGCAAGUUGAGCCUGCUCUAUAUUACAACAGCUGAACAUUUCACCCUUUGACCAAAUCAUGUCAGGCAGCAAAGUUAGUUAAUGCAAAGAUUAUGGAUAGACUAACAAGGGUGGCAGUCCAAACACUUAAAAGACACUCCCUCGUCCACUUACCCUCGCCUUAUGCUUUUGGGGGAAUCCCCGUCGCCAUCUUGGAGGGCGGUCCAAAUGAUUAGCCAAGCAAGGGAAGUUUGCAACGUAAGCCCCUCAGCCCUCGUUUUAAUCGACUUUGCGAGUGUACAAUUAUGUUCACUCCGGGGCCUGAAACUCACCAUAAUUCAUUUUGUGACGAUUGUACAUCCGCUAAGAAAAGUCAGUGAAAACUUAAAAACAACAUCAAUGGAGAAGUUAACAUAAAAGUGUAAGUGAAAACUAAUGCAAAUAAGUUAGAAAUUGUGCUACUUUUUUAUAGUUCACCUUUAUUUAACCAGGUAGGCCAGUUGAGAACAAGUUCUCAACAAGCACCCCCAUAGAGACUGCAAGAGAUCUGGACAACAGGCCCUCUGAUUUGACACACUGAACUCUAUCUGAGAAGUAGUUGGUGAACCAGGCGAGGCAGUCAUUUGAGAAACCAAGGCUGUUGAGUCUGCCGAUAAGAAUGCGGAGAUUGACAGAGUCGAAAGCCUUGGCUAGGUCGAUGAAGAUGGCUGCACAGUACUGUCUUUUAUUGAUGGUGGUUAUGAUAUCAUUUAGGACCUUGAGCGUGGCUGAGGUGCACCCAUGACCAGCUUAGAAACCAGAUUGCAUAGCAGAGAAGGUACGGUGGGAUUCGAAAUGGUCGGUGAUCUGUUUGUUAAGUAGGCUUUCGAAGACUUUAGAAAGGCAGGGUAGGAUAGAUAUAAGUCUGUAAAAGUUUGGGUCUCCCCCUUUGAGUGUUUCCCCCUUUGAAGAGGGAGGUGACCGCAGCAGCUUUCCAAUCUUUAGGGAUCUCAGAUGAUACGAAAGAGAAGUUGAACAGGCUAGUAAUAGGGGUUGCAACAAUUGUGGCAGAUAAUUUAAGAAAGAGAGGGUCCAGAUUGUCUAGCCCAACUGAUUUGUAGGGGUCCAUAUUUCGCAGCUCUUUCAGAACAUCAGCUAUCUGGAUUUGGUGAAGGAGAAAUGGGGGAGGCUUGGGAAAGUUGCUGUGGGGGGUGCAGAGCUGUUGAUCAGGGUAGGGGUAGCCAGGUGGAAAGCAUGGCCAGCCUUAGAAAAAUGCUUAUUGAAAUUCUCGAUUAUCGUAGAUUUAUCGGUGGUGACAGUGUUUCCCAGCCUCAGUAGAGUGGGCAGCUGGGAGGAGGUGCUCUUAUUCUCCAUGGACUUUACAGUGUACCAGAACCUUUUGGAGUUUGUGCUACAGGUUGCAAAUUUCUGUUUGAAAAACCUUGCCUUUGCUUUCCUAACUGACUGGGUAUAUUGGUUCCUAACUUCCCUGAAAAGUUGCAUAUCGUGAGGGCUAUUCAAUGCUAAUGCAGUACCCCACAGGAUGUUUUUGUGCUGGUCAAGGGCAAUCAAGUCUGGAGUGAACCCAGGGCUAAAUCUGUUCUUAGUUCAACAUUUUUUGAAUGUGGCAUGCUUAUUUAAGAUGGUGAGGAAAGCACCUUUAAAGAACAACCAGGCAUCCUCUACUGACGGAAUUAGGUCAAUAUCCUUCCAGGAUUCCCAAGCCAGGUCAAUUAGAAAGGCCUGCUCGCUGAAGUGUUUUAGGGAGCGUUUGAGAGUGAUGAGGGGUGGUCGUUUGACUGCGGAACCAUUACGGACGCAGGCAAUGAGGCAGUGGUCGCUGAGAUCCUGGUUGAAGCAGAGCAGUGGUGCAUUUAGAGGGCAGGUUGGUCAGGAUGAUAUCUAUGGGGGUGCCCGUGUUUACUGAUUUAGGGUUCUACCUGGUAGGUUCCAUGAUAAUUUGUGUGAGAUAGAUGCCCUCAAUCUUAGAUUGUAGGAAGGCCGGGGUGUUAAGCAUAUCCCAGUUUAGGUCACCUAACAGUACAAACUCUGAAGAUAAAUAGGGGCCAAUUAAUUCACAUAUGGUGUCCAAGACACAGCUGGGGGGCUGAGGAGGUCUAUAACAAGCGGCAACAGUGAGAGACUUAUUUCUGGAAAGGUGGAUUUUUAACUAACUGUUUGGGCACAGACCUGGAUAGCAUGACAGAACUCUGCAGGCUAUCUUUGCAGUAGAUUGCAACUCCACUCACUUUGGCAGUUCAAUCUUGGUGGAAAAUGUUGUAGUUGGGGAUGGACAUUUCAGAAUUUUUGUUGGUCUUCCUCAGCCAGGAUUCAGACAUGGCUAGGACAUCAGGGUUGGCAGAGUGUGCUAAAGCAGUGAAUAAAAUAAACUUAGGGAGAGGCUUCUGAUGUUAACAUGCAUGAAACCAAGGCUUUUACGGUUACAGAAGUCAACAAAUGAUAGUGCCUGGGGAAUAGGAGUGGAACUGGGGGCUACAGGGCCUGAGUUAACCUCUACAUCACCAGAGGAACAGAGGAGGAGUAGGAUAAGGGUAUAAGAACUGGUCAUCUAGUGCAUUGGGGUACAGAGAAUAAAAGGAGCAGAUUUCUGGGUGUGGUAAAAUAGAUUCAAGGCAUAAUGUACAGACAAGGGUAUGGUAGAAUGUGAGUAGUGGAGUUAAACCUAGGCGUUGAGUGACGAUGAGAGAGGUUUCGUCUCUGGAGGCACCAGUUAAGCCAGGUGAGGUCUCCGCAUGUGUGUGGGGUGGGACAAAAGAGCUAUAUAAGGCAUUUUGAGCGGGACUGAGGGCUCUACAGUGAAAUUAAACACUAAGAACUAGCCAAGACAGCAGUAGACAAGGCAUAUGCACAUGACGGCACAAAUAAACUUAAAAAUUAAAUCUGUUUUUGUUUGGUUAUCUUUUGGAAAUUGUAGAAAAUAAAAUACGUCAUCAGAAGUGUCCACUUAAUUUUAGGGCUGAGGGGAUAGGGUGUGUCUUUUUAGUGUUUGGACCGUACUCGAGAUACUUGUCUCUCUGCCCUAACAAUGGAGUCGUUGUCCACAAAGUGGUACAGAUUAAUAAACUGAUUAAUAGUUG